AUGCUAUCUAAUCGUGGUCGCAAAUAUGCAGCCUUGGAUCUGGCUGCAAGCUACACGAAAGACCGCGGCCAUCUCUAUGACAAGACCAAACACUCAACAGGCCUGGUGUCUUUCAGAAAUGCGGAGAACUUCCUUAUGCGCGAAGAAAUCCUAAGUUACAUCAAGACGAAGUGCAUUCCGAGCCUUGAGCCCGACACCUUAACUUACUAUGACGGACCAUUUGGGUCUAAGCGCUUGAGAAAAGCGAUGGCUGCAUUUAUCAACAAGCGCUUCUCGCCAGUAUCAGCUGUGACAACGGACCAGGUCUCUUUUGUCAGUGGUGUGACAGCGUUGAACGACAUCUUGUCCCUGUGUAUGACAGACGAAGAAAACGAUGGUUUGCUUCUCGGUAUGCCGAUAUACGGCUCUUUCAAUCCGGAUAUGCGAAGCAUGUCGGAGUGCAAGUUGGUUUAUACUCCUUUCGAUGGCAUACACCAGUUUACUACCGCAGCGGUCGGUUGUUACGAGCGCGCUGUUGAAGAAGCAGACCGAAACGGGAUUAAAGUAAAGGCACUUGUCAUUUCUAACCCACAUAAUCCACUUGGCAAGUGCUAUACCCGUGAAGCUCUAGAGGCCAUCCUCCGCUUUUGCAACAAACACAACAUACAUCUUAUCAGCGAUGAAAUCUAUGCUCAAUCGGUGUAUGGCAUGAGUUCGGCGUAUACGGAAUUUACAUCAGUACUCUCCAUUGACAUGACAGGCGUCAUCAACGAAAACCUCGUCCAUGUGAUGUAUGGAAUGUCAAAAGAUUUUGCCGCUGCUGGCCUAAGACUUGGGUGUUUGAUCACGAGAAAUGAAGAGCUGGGACAAGCUGUCCGGUCUCUAGCACGUUUCCACGGCGCGUCACCAGUGACUGAUGCCAUCGCCACGACUAUGCUUGAGGACGAAGAGUGGCACACCGAGUUUUUGACAGAGAGCGCGAGGAUGUUGAGGAAAAACCACAAGCUUGUUGCCGAGGCAUUUGAUAAUGCCGACAUUCCUUACGACCAUGACGCGUGA